AUGUCUGCAACUUUGGUGCAGAAUAGCAUAGAGCAUGCAGAAGAGGCGAUAAUCACUUUGCCAAACGAGCAACAGCCCCUCUUGCAGUCGGAUGCAUCCGCAAUAUGGGAACCACCACCAGCCUUUUAUGGAUUGAGCUUGAAGCUAAUCGAGUAUUCUACAGCAAUCAUGAUGAAUUUCUUUCUCGGUGGCUUCGACAGCACAAUUACAGCAUCAACGUAUGCCGUUAUUAGUUCCGAGUUCAACGCCGCUAACACCGCUUCCUAA